AAUCUACAGGUCUGAUGGCCACCCCCGAGGGGAGGGCAGACUCCAGCUCCCAGAUGUCAGGCCUUGGGUGGCAGGAAUGUGGAGCUUGCCUGGAGCAGAUGGACCGCCCAGAGAGGUUGGAGGUGGAGGAGCAGAUGCCAGUCCAGAGUGUCAUGCGGAGGAAGGCACAGGAAUUCUUCCAGACAUGUGAUGCCGAGGGCAAGGGCUUCAUCGCCAGGACGGACAUGCAGAGGCUACAUCAGGAGCUACCCCUAAGUCUGGAAGAGCUGGAGCACGUCUUUGAUGCCCUGGAUGCUGACGGCAAUGGCUUUCUAACCCCAGAGGAGUUCACCACUGGAUUCAGUCACUUCUUCUUCAGUCAAAAUACUCAAAGUGAGGAGGAAGCUGACAAGCAGAUGGAGAAGGUGUAUCAAUCUAGAGGUGAGGAUGUGGAAGGCAUGGACCACGAUGAGGAAGCACAGUUCCAGAUGCUGAUGGAUAGACUUGGAGCCCAGAAGGUUUUGGAAGAUGAAAGUGACGUCAGGCAACUGUGGCUGCAGCUGAAGAAGGAUGAACCUCACCUGCUGGCCAACUUCGAAGACCUACUCACCACGAUCUUCGCUCAGCUCCAGGAAGCCCACGAGCAGAAGAAUGAACUGGAGUAUACCCUCAGAAAGAAAAUCGCAGCUUAUGAUGAAGAAAUCCAGCAUCUCUAUGAGGAGAUGGAGCAGCAGAUCAAAAGCGAACGGGAGCAGUUCCUCCUAAAAGACACAGAGAGGUUUCAAGCCCGCAGUCGGGAGCUGGAAAAGAAGCUGAGCGCCAAGGAGCAGGAGCUGGAGCGUCUCAUCCAGAAGCAGAGCAGGCUGGAAGGCCAGUGCACAGCUCUCCACAAUGACAAACAUGAAACCAAGGCUGAGAACACCAAGCUGAGGCUCACUAACCAGGAGCUGGCCCGCGAGUUGGAGCGCACCUCGCGAGAACUCCAGGAGGCUCAGCAGCAGCUGGAGAGCCUGCAGAGAGAGGCCUGUGAGCUGCAGCAGGAGAAAGAGAUGGAAGUGUACCGAGUGACAGAGAGUCUGCAGCGGGAGAAGUCAGGCCUCCUGAAGCAGCUGGAUUUCCUAAGGGAAAGGAACAAGCAUCUCCGGGACGAACGGGACAUAAGUUUUCAGAAAGAUAAGGCGGCCAAGGCAAACACAGCUGUUUCCAAGGCAAGCAGGAAGCAGAGAUCUGGCUCUGUGAUCGGCAAAUAUGUGGACGGCAGGGAAAUUCUCGGGAGCCAGUCAGUGGAGGAGGAUGAGGCCUUCGGCAUCCUGAGGAGGAGGAGUUCUGUGGGCCUGAGUGCCUAUCUCCUGGCAGAGGAGGAGUCUGGAACUGGGGAGCCAGGGACUGGGGUUCCACGUCGUCAUGCACUCCGCAGAAUCAUCUCCAUUGAGGAAGACCCCCUGCCUCAGCUCCUGGAAGGUGGCUUUGAGAAGCCACUGAGCAAAUGCCCAGAAGAAGAGGAGGUCUUUGACCAGGGGGCAGAAGGGCAAAGCGUGACAGCCCCCGCCUUGGAACUCAUCCCUACGUCUCCCCGAGGGCAGCCUGUCGGAAAAGAAACCCUCUACAAGGAGGAAAACACUCCCUCUACCCCAGAUCGGCUCUUCAAGAUCGUGUUUGUGGGAGACUCCGCUGUGGGGAAAACAUCCUUCCUGAGGAGGAUCUGUGAGGCCCGCUUCUCCCCAGGCAUGGCGGCCACUGUGGGCAUCGACUACCGAGUGAAGACGGUCACUGUGGACAACGCACAGGUGGCUCUGCAGCUGUGGGACACUGCUGGGCAGGAGAGGUAUCGCUGUGUCACACAGCAGUUCUUCAGAAAGGCCGACGGCGUGGUUGUUAUGUACGACCUCACAGCCAAGCAAUCCUUCCUGUCAAUCCGGCAGUGGCUGAGCAGCGUGGAGGAAGCUGUGGGAGACCGGAUUCCUGUUCUGCUGCUGGGCAAUAAACUUGACAAUGAGAAGGAGCGGGAAGUCCCCCGAGGCCUGGGAGAGCAACUUGCCAAGGACAACAGUUUAAUCUUCUAUGAAUGCAGCGCCUAUUCCGGUCACAACACCAAAGAGUCCCUGCUCCACUUGGCCAGGUUACUCAAGGAGCAAGAGGACACAGUGAGGAAGGACACCAUUCAGGUUGGCCCCCCAGCCAAGAAGAAAUCCUGUUGUGUCUGA